AGAAUCGAGAUAUGGUCACAAGCAAGCUAAGCCUAACCAAGCCUGCUAAAAAUGCGUGCAUCUAGAAUUCCCAAUUACUGUACCAUUGAGAAUUCCACAUGGCGUGACUUCUGCCAGUCAACUCACCAUCUAAGCGCUAGAGGGCGAUGUGGUUUUAAUGGCGAGUCAGUGAAGGAGCAGAAGUAGAGAUCUAGGAAACAUGGCGGCCAAUGCAAAGCCCAGCAAGCCAGGCAAGCCUGGAAAGGAACCACAGCCUCUAAUUAUUGCUAAAAAUGCCGCAGAAGAACAGCGACUGAAGUUGGAAAGGCUUAUGCGCAACCCUGACAAACCUGCACCUAUCCCCGAAAGACCGAAAGAUUGGAAUCCUCGUGCUCCUCCAGAGUUCGUACGAGAUGUUAUGGGAUCCAGUGCGGGUGCUGGCAGUGGAGAGUUUCACGUCUACAGACAUUUACGCCGAAGAGAAUACCAGAGACAGGACCACCUGGACCGAAUGUCAGAAAAGCAAAAGCAAGAUGAGGACUACCUGGACAAAAUAGAGGAGAACAAGCAAGCUGCAGAAGAUAGAACUGCCAAACGCCGCAAGAAGAGGGACAAGCUGAAACAGAAGAAGCUGUUGGCAAAGAAGGCCAAACAGGAGAGUCGGAAAACUGAAGACUCUAAGUCGUCGUCGUCGUCCAGUGAGGGGGAGGCGGAGCCGAAGGAGGCCGAUGAUGAUGCGGAGGUGCCCAGCUUUGUGAUGGGGAAGAGGUGAUGUGAGGCGAGGCGUCCACCCCCCCAUCCCUGAUGAUAAGCUCUCGCUUCACACAGCCAGGGUACAGCUUGUCCUCAAACCACCUCCCUGGCACGGUUACCCCAGGACCUUCAGUACCUGUCCGAGAGUUUUUAUACCUUUGGGAAUGGACCCUUGUCUCGUCUCAGAUCCAUAAAAACAGCAGUCUCACCGUUGGCAGAGCUGUGGUCUAGAAAGGAGCUUCAUCACAGCCUUGUUUCUUUUUCAAUUGUAGGACACAGUGGGAGCAAUCAUUUGCCUUGUGUAGUGAAAGUGAAUGGCUUUGGAAGAUGAUGCCAGGAAUUAUAACACCAUAUGUUUCUUGCAUAGAAGUCAACUUGAUCUUUUUAUAUUAAUUGUGUGUACUUUUUUUUUUUUUUUAAUAAACCACAAACAAAAGACCAAUAUUCAUGAAGUCAUAUUUUUCAUGUUUCCUUUUGGAGUAUGAACAAUACAUGGCAGACAUUGUUUUUGAAUAAGAUUGCAUAAUAGGA